AUGGACAAAUGUCCGUAUCUAUUGGAACGCUGGUCCAGUAUCGAAGGAAAUCCAACACAUACAGAAUUUGCGAGCGGAACGCCUUCAACAGAACCAACUGAAAUCCACAUCUCCAGAUCAACGCAAUCACCGAUCCAUAUGAAACUCUGUCCAUACAUCUCUCUUCUCUCAGCAGAAAAACGUGCUCGCCUCUCUCAUUCCUCUCCAUUGCAAAAAACGAUAUUUUCUUUUCUUUUUCCUGGUUCGCCAAAAGUUAACUCGUUGCUUGCUACUUUUUACAUUUCAUCGAUACCUAAUUUCAUACUUUUUUUCGUUCCUCCUGAUAUUCAGCCGCCGUCAUUAAACACAUUGGUGAGUUUUGCUGUCGGUGGGUUGUUGGGAGAUGUGUUUUUGCAUUUGUUACCACAGAGUUUCAUGGGAGAGACUAGUGACGAUGACGUGCAUUUUGUUAUGAUAGAUGAGAAAAGGAAUGUGGUUAUUGGUACCGUCGAGCGUAAAAGUGUGAAGGAAACGGGAGAGAGUACUGCUAUAAAUAAGAUAUCGAACGAUGCUAAAAGGCGUAAUACAAGCCAAUCGUCUGAUAGUACUUAUGACUCUACUUCAUCACUAUCGUCAUCAUCGCCAUCGUCGACAUCAUCCUCAUCCUCAGUACCGCCAUCCUCCUCAUCACCAAAAUCUCCUUCCAAACAACCCUCGACAAGCAUUCGCCUUUCAGCAUACUUAAAUCUUAUAGCUGAUGCAACCCAUAAUUUCACUGAUGGCCUUGCAAUGGCUGCUUCGUUCUACGCAUCUCCGAGUGUUGGUGCGACUACAACUGUUGCUGUAUUUUUCCACGAGAUACCUCAUGAGAUUGGUGAUUAUGCUAUACUCGUUCAAUCUGGAUUCACCAAACGGUAUGCUUUGCUAUCACAAUUUGGCACUGCCUUGGGAGCAUUCCUGGGUACCUUUGCUGGUAUUGCUAUUGAAGAGUAUAGCAGAGGAGAUCAUCCGGCGGGGGAAAAAGGAUUUAAUGUUGGUGAUGUUGGUGAUGGUAUAUGGGGUACCAGUGUUCAUAUGAGUGAUUUGGUGAUACCAUUUACUGCUGGUGGCUUUAUAUAUAUUGCUACAGUAGGUGUGAUUCCCGAGUUGUUGGAAGUAUCAGGGAAAUUUGGGAAGGAUAUCAAGCAAGGUAUAACAGAGUUUGUAGCCAUGUUGAUUGGAAUUGGUAUGAUGGCUGUUAUUGCUUGGAAUGAAGACUGA